AUGUCUGCCAACGGGAUAGCCUUUCCAGGCCAAAUAGUCGGUACAUUCGACGCCGCACAACUUGGAGCAGCGACUCAUGUUCAUGGAUCAAACCUCUGUGCGAGUAUUGCUGGACCUGUGACUUCACAGCCCAAUGUGCUCAAGGGAUCAAGUCAAUCCAACCUGUCAAUCAUCCGAAGCACCGGUCCAUUACUUCCAGAGGUCGGAACUGUCGUCAUCGGAAAAAUUACUCGCACUCAGUCGAAACAAGCAAAUAUUGCCAUCUUGGCAUUGGGCUCAGCAGGCGAGCACGUUUGUGGGGAUGCCUUGCCCGGUUUGAUUCGACAGCAAGACAUCCGCGCGACCGAGAUCGACAAAGUCAAGGUGUCAGAGAGCUUCCGGGUGGGCGAUAUCGUGCGCGCGGUGGUCAUCAGCUUGGGCGAUGAGCGCAGCUACUACCUCAGUACGGCGAAGAACGAACUAGGAGUGAUCAUGGCCACUAGUGAAUGGGGCAAUCAAAUGUAUCCGAUCUCGUGGAAAGAAUACCAAGAUCCGACGACUGGAUUGAAGGAGAUGAGAAAGGUGGCCAAGCCGGUAUGA